AUGGCUGAAGAGCCCCAGUUCCAAGCAAUCGAACGUAUCGGUUUCAGAGGCUUCAGGAACGACCACGAAGACAUGACUCAGUACAUCUCUCUACACUCGAGCCUGGAGAGUUCAGCCUCGGCUCCAAGGGGUAAUGGAGGCUGUCAGGCCGCAGCCUCCGCUACUACAAACGGGCAGACGGGUAAUCAGGUCAAGACGAUCCUGCGCACUGCAAAGCUUCUAUUUGCUCUCUUUUGGGUUACUCCCGAGAUGCUCUCUCCCUCUUUGAUUGACAACGCCAUUUCAUUCGACAGCGAUGACGGGAUCGAACCCGGCCCCCGCCUCACAACUGUCAGAGCCGUGACUCCAACAAGCGGUACGGUGGAGGGAGCUCUGGAACACACGACUUGGAUUGUUCGACCUCCUGAUACCAGAGAUUGCGUUGAGGUGCUCCUGAUGAGGUGCCCUCCACUGCGUCCUGGGGACCGCGGGAGCUUGGUCGUAGACAAGACGACGGGUCGCCUCUUUGGUCAUGUCAUCCAUUAUCAUGCUCCGAACCACCUGGCUCUCGUCAUGCCAGCUAAGCUUGUGGCUGACCACGCCCGGCGAGUGUUGGACCAACGGGCCGGAGCAACAACUCCAACCCCAAGUCUCACCGCCGCCCAGAUUCCAACAACGACGUCACUCAUGAGAAUCAACGGCCUGGGAAUUGUCCGUCUGCUAUUGAGGUUCCCCCAAAUGGGGCCUCAAGGGAGCAUCGUCGCAGUCACCAUACCAGAGUUGCCUGAAGACCUGCCCAAUGGAGAGAUCCGUCUCCGGUAUAAUGAAGAACUGGGAGAUGGCCCACCAGGUGUCCCGCUUACCAGACCCCUGAACCUGAUGUUUCAUGAUGAGCUUCGACUUGCCAGUUUGGUGUUCCAUCUCUUGGGCCUUUAUCUGAUGUCGUUCGGCGGAGACUUCUUCAUCUGUCUUUGGGUCCUGUGUUUCGCUGCAAAUUGCGUCUGCAUCUAUGGAAGGUAG